CGUGUAGGAGGAGCUUAUUUUUCUGGGAGCUCCGUGGGGCUAAACAUCCAGGCACACGGGUGACAGAGGUAGGAGAAAACAGAAACCGCCGGCUGGAAAGUGUCGUCGAGCCGAGAAGAAAGAAGAGAGUGAAGCCUGAAGACAUAAACCCGACCGCCAGUCUGCGACAGAAGGACUGUGUGUGUGUGUGUGUGUGUGUGUGUGUGUGUGUGUGUGUGUGUGUGUGUGUAUCCCUGAGACCACGAAAGUGUAACCCGUGGCUGGUCGGGAAGUGAAGAUCACUGUAACCCACCUGGAUCAGUGCUGUUAGCCGUACACUGUCCACUGGAUCUGUUCGGGCAUUUCUCCCUCUAUAAGCACAGCUUUAAAAGCAGUGUAGUAGUCGAAGCUGAUCACCAGAGGAGACACGGCAGCGGAAAACUUUACUAUCAUGUCUGUUAAGCCACCACGUAUGUUUUGCUUUUGGAGACAGGAGUAACGAUAAAUUAACGAUACCGGAAAGCGGUGGGAAAGGCGGGGUGGAACCGGUGAACUCCAAAUUGGAUUAUUGUUGAGCUCCCACUGUGCCGAAUCACCCACAGCGACGCAGCGGUUUUGGGGGGUGGGGGGGCGGGGUGCGGGGAGGUCGACGAAGGAGGCAACAACUGGAAUUUAGAAACCUCUUUUUGAAACUCUUGACUGACCCGCCCGCUGCCGACGAUACGACUGGUGUUUUGUCAGUUAUUUCUGUCAGACAGUCAGCUGCUUGUGGCCUUCCUCUCCCUCUCUUGGGAGCAUAGUCUGGGUUUGGGACGCAUAUUUUGGGGAUCGUUCUUCCCCAGCCGUGAUCGGACUAUGGCGGACGACGACAUUCUCUUUGAAGAUGUGUACGAGCUCUGUGAGGUCAUUGGCAAGGGUCCCUUCAGCGUGGUAAGGAGAUGUAUCAACAGAGACACGGGGCAGCAGUUUGCUGUCAAAAUCGUAGAUGUUGCCCAGUUCACCUCCAGUCCUGGACUCAGCACAGAGGAUCUGAAGAGGGAGGCCAGCAUCUGCCACAUGCUGAAGCAUCCCCACAUUGUGGAGCUGCUGGAGACAUACAGCUCAGAUGGAAUGCUUUACAUGGUUUUCGAAUUUAUGGAUGGAGCAGACCUGUGUUUUGAGAUCGUGAAGAGGGCAGAUGCUGGCUUUGUCUACAGUGAAGCAGUGGCCAGUCACUACAUGAGACAGAUUCUUGAGGCGCUUCGCUAUUGCCACGACAACAAUGUCAUCCACAGAGAUGUCAAGCCUCACUGUGUGCUGCUGGCAUCCAAAGAGAACUCUGCUCCAGUGAAGUUGGGGGGGUUUGGAGUCGCCAUCCAGCUUGGAGAGUCGGGACUGGUGGCAGGAGGUAGAGUAGGAACUCCCCACUUCAUGGCCCCAGAGGUGGUGAAGAGAGAGCCAUACGGUAAACCUGUGGAUGUGUGGGGCUGUGGAGUCAUCCUUUUCAUCCUCCUCUCAGGUUGUCUGCCUUUCUACGGAACUAAGGAACGUCUGUUUGAAGCCAUCUGCAAGGGAAAAUACAAGAUGAAUCCUCGCCAGUGGGGCCACAUCUCAGAAAGUGCUAAGGAUCUGGUGAGGCGCAUGCUGAUGCUGGACCCUGCUGAGAGGAUCACUGUCUACGAGGCUCUUAACCACCCCUGGCUCAAGGAGAGGGACCGGUAUGCCUAUAAAAUCCAUCUGCCAGAGACUGUGGAACAGCUGAGAAAGUUCAACUCCAGAAGGAAGCUCAAGGGAGCUGUUCUGGCUGCAGUGUCCAGUCACAAGUUUAAUUCGUUUUAUGGAGACCCCCCUGAAGAGCUCCAUGACUUCUCAGAUGACCCCACCUCCUCAGGACUAUUGGCAGCAGAGCGCGCUGUGUCUCAGGUGUUGGACAGUUUAGAGGAGAUCCAUGCUCUGACAGACUGCAGUGAAAAGGAUCUAGAUUUCCUUCACAGUGUUUUCCAGGACCAGCAUCUACACACACUGCUCGAUCUCUAUGAUAAGAUCAACACCAAGUCAUCUCCACAGAUCAGAAACCCCCCCAGUGAUGCAGUGCAGAGAGCCAAAGAGAGUUCCUCCCAAGAUGAAGCAAGUGGCGCUUUGAAACAUCUGGAAUAUGUACUGGAAGAAAUCUCCUGCUACCCAGAGAACCACGAAGCUAAAGAACUCAGACGGAUAUUAACCCAGCCACAUUUCAUGGCCUUGUUGCAGGCCCACGAUGUCGUGGCCCAUGAGGUUUACAGUGACGAGGCUCUGAGGGUGACCCCUCCACCCACCUCGCCCUACCUGAACGGAGACUCCCCAGAGAGCACCAACGGAGACAUGGACCUGGAGAACGUUACCAGAGUCCGCCUGGUCCAGUUCCAGAAGAAUACAGAUGAGCCAAUGGGUAUCACACUGAAGAUGAAUGACUCAAAUCACUGCAUCGUUGCAAGGAUAAUGCAUGGAGGAAUGAUUCACAGACAAGGAACAUUGCAUGUUGGAGAUGAGAUCAGGGAGAUCAACAGCAUCAGUGUAGCCAACCAGACCGUCGAGCAGCUGCAGAAAAUGCUGAGGGAGAUGAGAGGCAGCAUCACAUUCAAAAUAGUGCCAAGUUAUCGGAUGCAGGGCUCCUCGUGUGAGAAAGAGUCCCCUACCACCUCCAGGCAGUCUCCUGCCAAUGGCUACUCCAGCAUUAACAGUUCUAUCUUGGACCUGCCAUCCACCAUUCAGCCCAAGGGUCGACAGAUUGAAUCCAGACCUCCAAUCAAGGACAAAAUGUCUGUUAAGAUCUACGUUAGGGCUCAGUUUGAGUAUGACCCCUCCAAAGACGAACUCAUCCCCUGCAAGGAGGCGGGCGUUCGUUUCAGAGUGGGUGACAUCAUCCAGAUCAUCUCCAAGGAUGACCACAACUGGUGGCAGGGCAAGCUGGAGAACACAAAAAAUGGCACAGCAGGCCUCAUCCCAUCACCAGAGCUGCAAGAGUGGCGAGUGGCGUGUAUAGCCAUGGAGAAAACCAAGCAGGAGCAGCAGGCCAGCUGUACCUGGUUUGGCAAGAAGAAGAAGCAGUACAAAGACAAGUAUUUGGCAAAACACAACGCAGUGUUUGACCAACUAGAUCUUGUCACAUAUGAAGAGGUUGUGAAGCUUCCUGCUUUCAAGAGGAAAACACUAGUUUUGUUGGGUGCCCAUGGAGUGGGCAGAAGACACAUCAAGAACACACUUAUAACCAAACACCCUGACAGAUUUGCGUACCCCAUUCCACACACAACCAGACCUCCAAAGAAGGAUGAGGAGAAUGGGAAGAACUACUACUUUGUUUCCCAUGACCAGAUGAUGCAGGACAUCAGCAACAACGAGUACCUGGAGUACGGCAGCCAUGAGGACGCCAUGUAUGGGACGCGCCUAGAGACAAUCCGGAAGAUCCACCAACAGGGACUCAUAGCUAUACUGGAUGUUGAACCUCAGGCUUUGAAGGUCCUGCGGACAGCAGAGUUUGCCCCAUAUGUUGUCUUUAUUGCUGCACCAACUAUCACACCAGGCAUCAGUGAGGACGAGUCCCUCCAGCGGCUGCAGAAGGAGUCUGAGAUCCUGCAGAAGACCUACGCCCACUACUUCGACCAGACCAUCAUCAACAACGAGAUCGAUGAGACCAUCAGGCACCUGGAGGAGGCCAUUGAUCUAGUGUGCACCACCAGCCAGUGGGUUCCAGUGUCCUGGGUGUACUGACCUGUGGCCCAGACUUCCACAUCCAAACUCCCAUCAUUCCCUUGUCAAAAUAAGAAUCAGUAACACAGCAACUAACCCAAGACAAUUGCAAACCUGUCCCUACACUGCACUUGAUGGAAAACCCCUUCAGUCUACUCUGAAAGCGAACACAGGAUUAAACCAGAUCCUUUUGAACACUGCACAAACAACCUGCAGUGGCCAAUUAUUAGGCUCCUGCCCUGACAGAGGACUUAGUCAUAGCGUUGUGUAAAAACAAUAAAUAAAAGUGAAUAUUGUCAUGUCUGUACUAACUAGGAGGCAACAUUUCUGUAGAUGUUUGUUUUAAAGAGACAGUACUGUUACCCGUCCUCUAAUAUCGAUGCACUGCUAGCUUUCCAUGUCUCCACCACAACCCUUCUAUCAAUCUGUUGUCCUGUUGGGUGUUGUAGUACUGAACCAUCUGUGGAAAGACACUGUCAGUGGGUAAUCUGUAGAUCAGCAAACUGAAGUAAAAGCACACAAAAGACACUGCAAUGUCUUCUCAUCUAUAGGUCAUGUCAUAUCCUCACUUUAUGUUCAUCCCCCUGUUCCUUUAUAAACUGUCAAGUUAGGAUACAUUCUCUCAUGACCUCAUCCUAUUGUCAGUCUUAAGUACAGUUAUAGUAUUGAUCAUGCACACAUACAUGCAUCUUCUGCCUGCCCACCUACCUACCUACCUACCUGCCAACGAACCAGGUACUGUCUCUUCUAAAUAAAUCCAUAAAUGUUUUUGAGAUUUGAAUGAGGUUAUCAUGCAUGUGGACAUUUGCAAGCUUCCAUGCAGUGAGUCAGUCACUGUUCCCAAUGUUCCUCUGUAAACCUCCAAGAAAGAAAAGACAAAUAUCUAUAUUUAAAAAAACAUUUCAGCUGUCUGGAAGACUGAACUCAGCCAACGGAAGCAAGAAAAAACUAACCAGGAUGGAGCCAGGCAUUGACCUCACACCUAUGCACAUCCCUUGCAUUUUGGGUGGCAUUUCUAAACCACAGAUUUAUUUAAAAAAAAAAAAAAAAAAAAUAGAAAAUGAAAAGAAAAUAACAAUGACCAUGUAGUGAGAUAUGUUUGUAAAAAAAGAAAAAAAAGAUCAAAUAAAAGUCUUGAUUUUUCUCUUAA